ACCACCAUCAUCGUGUGUGUCAUCAUCAGCACACACACCGCCCACCACCCAUCCAUCUAUUCGUGUGUAAAACCAGAAGAGAAACGUAGGACAUUUUGCAGACAUUUACAAUCAAUGUUUUUCUGUUGUUGUGAGGUGGUGUAAUAUUUGUUAUUUUGUUCUCACUGCGUACCGUGGAACCAGAUGAUAUUCUUUGAUGAGGUAAUGUGAAAAUGGAGGUUUGAUUCUCGACUGACACAGAUUGAUAGAGACUCUUCAAAUUUUUGGUUAUUUGGACAAGAACAUGUCAGUGGACACAUCAACUGCUUCAGUUCCGGUGGAUGUAAGGACAACAUUUCUACGAACAUCUUUAUGAAAGGUGUACUAUCACCUAUCACAGUAAAAGGCCACAUAGGUUAAAGGCGGCAAUUUCUGACGCAUCCAAAAUGGCCAACAGAUCAGUUCUACUCAAAGUAGUUAUCCUUGGUGAUGGAGGAGUCGGGAAAAGCUCCCUCAUGAACCGAUUCAUCAGCAAUAGUUUUGACAGUCAUUCGUUCCAUACGAUCGGCGUGGAAUUCUUAAAUAAAGACAUCGCCAUUGGAUCAGAGAACUACACAAUCCAAAUAUGGGACACAGCAGGUCAGGAACGCUUCAAAAGUCUCAGGACGCCGUUCUACAGAGGAUCGGACUGUUGCAUGUUGACCUUUGCCCUGGACGACUUGCAGAGCUUCCGCAACUUGAACAUGUGGAAGAGGGAGUUUCUGUACUACGCAGACGUCACCGACGCGGACAACUUUCCAUUUGUUGUGCUCGGGAACAAAGUUGACGUUGAUGAGGACGAGAGGCAGGUCACGCAAGAGGCCGCCAUGGAGUGGUGCGCGUCCAAUGGGAAUAUACCGUACUACGAGACAAGUGCAAAGACUGCUGUGCGUGUCGACGAGGCAUUUAAAGCUGCCGUACAGAGGGUUGUCGAACUGGAUCGGAAACAAGACUUAAAAACGUCUCCGACCACAGACUCUAUUGUCCUGAAAACGAAGCCUAGCAACAAGCCACAUAGUUCCUGUUGUUGACCAGUAAGGCAUUGUUAAAUUAAUAACCUCAUGGAAAAUAUACAGCUUUUGUUUUUGCGAUUUGCAUGGAAUACAGUUGACUAAGCCCACCAGUGAAAAUUCAGAAGUUGCCUUUGUAUACAUCAUUAUUGCUCUCGCAUCAGAGAUUGGUUUUUAUUUUUUAGAACUGCUCUUAUAAAGUAAAAAAAUGCAAGUGUCCGUGUGUCAUCAAGCAAGGCAGUGUAUGAAGUAAGUGGUAGGUGAAGAACAGGUGGUUUAUAACAUGACACCUGUUCUCCCCCUCCCUAAAAAGGAAGGAAAAAAGAAAAGAAAUACUAUGUACUCAUCACUUGACAUCACCGCCCAUUGAUAUAUCUUGGUUGUGCCAUUUUGAAAGUCGUACUCCUUGUGUGUGACUGUGCAGUGUGCAUUUUAAUUUGGACACCCUGUUACAGUAUUACAUAUGUAAUCUGUUAACAAUUUUGAUACCCAGUUUUAAAAUUUCUAGCAAAUUUUGUCACUUCUUUAAUUCUAAUACCACAUCCUGGCUAAAACUUUGACUGUUGUCACUAAAUUGUGUGUGAAAUUUCCACAAGUUGUUUGGAUGGUGUGAACACUUGAAGAUGGAAACUAAUGCUGUUUUAUGAUUGCAGCUUAUUCCCUAAUGGAUAUGAAGCAACAAGUUAAAGAACAUUCAGAGUUAACCUAAGCGACCUUUGGAAUGUCUGGACUUAACUUUCCUUUUUUGAAGUGGGAGCAAUCAUGAUGUUGCCUUCGUGUACCCGAAGGAUUUGUACUGUUAGUAGACUGGUGUGAUUUGUUAUUACAGUGUUACUGUGUAAUUGUUGGUUCAUAUCAAAUAAGCGCUAAAACUAACAGAAAUUUGUAUAAUAGUACAGUCUUGAACUUGUCACUGAAUACACCUCUGGUAGUCACAAGUAAAUUUCCCAAAAUGAACAUGUUGUAAAAUAACUACAGUUAGAUCAAUUUUUCCCUGGUCAAUGAACUUUAUUUCUCAAUGUACACAUCCCCAAAAAAUUCCAAAUGUAAAAAAUUUUAUGACCAACAGUCCCUCUUUUUUUAAAGUUAUUACACAGGAAACAAAACUUCUUUUUGGGUAGGUUGUAUGCAGGAAAUACCUGAAUAUAUAAAAUUGUGAAGUUCCUGUGGUGUAUUGUGAAUGCGAUGCAAGUCAUACUCUUGAAUCCAUUUUCCAGAAUACACCGAUCCGUUAGGCUCCGCCCACAGCGCACGUGUGAGCAAGAACACGUGAGCCCUUCCAAUGCCAUUGUGCACAACUCUGCCGCGCGCGCCAAGCAUACACGCACCGCAUGUCGGACUUAUAGUGUCAGACUUUUGGUUGUGCAAUGGGUUGUAAUUGGUCAAUAUGCAAUGGGGCGGAGCUUAAUGGAUCGGUCUUUUGUUGAGCAACAGACCGUUGUGGCGGUUUCAGUCUUCCGCUGUGUUCAGUUUACCAGGACUGAGUAUGGCACUAACCAUUGACUACUUUUGCCUGCUGAGCGCAGGCGUCGCAUGACGUAAUGUUACCGUAUUUGGUCAUUUGGAAAACUGAACACGGGGGAAAGUUCAAACCACCACACCGUUCAGGUUUGUUUGUAAACUAUGCUUGGUUGGCAGACUUUUUUUAUUUCUUUUUGUCAAAGAUGUUUUUUAAUUUUGUAGUGUGGUACUUAGUUUCAUGUACGUGUUGCGAGUAAUAGUACAUAGAAGUACACAGACAAUGUACCCACUUCCUGUUGGUUAAUAACACAACCCUAACCUCAAUAUUUGUUUUCAUUGUUUGGUUUGUAAAUUCACUAUUCACUUUGUGAAACUGAAAGCCAAUCUGGUACAAUGUAAGCAAAGACCUUCGACUGCAUCACAAAUCGCCAACAUGCAUAUAAAUUUAUGUUUUGUGUACACAAUGCACAAAGAAUUUGGGAUACAGACAUCAAUAUUUUUGAAUAAAUUGGUUCUCACAUAGUGAUUUUAGGGUCCAAGUGAGUGCUGACUACCGUACUGGUGGUAGUAGUAUUAAAAAUAGAAAUAGCAUCGGGAACAAUCACGGGAAAGACAAAUGGCGGAGACAGCAAGCUGCUCCAAAAUCCUUGAAAGAGACCUAAACUGUAAACUUUUUCAGAGUAGACAGCCAAAAGGAUCAUUGCGUUGGAAAGACAUUCGAAACAAAAAUGGAGGUCACAGAAAAGAAAAGUUCUCAAAAAUCCUUGAAGCAGACCUAGCAUAAAGGAUCAAUGAAUACAUGUAAAUUGAAUGAAUAGUCACUUUAGUAUUAUUUUGUUAAAGGCUGGUUUUACUUGGUAUGAGUACAUCAUAACAUGACAGUAACUACAUGAUGCUAAAGUCAAACUUGAGAACGUUAUUUUUGAUGAUAUUUGAGAUGUUAUUUUUUUUUAUUAUAUAAAGAAGUGUGCGGUGCUGGCAUGGAGGGUCACAUACAUGUAUGGUAUGAUAUUUACAUCAUGUUGUUCAGAUAUAAUCUUGCUGAACGGAUUGAGUGUAGUGAUCAUUGGAAAAAAUUGUACAAUUCAAAUAUUUGGUGGAAAAUGUGUGUAAAAGAGAGUAUACUAUUGCAGCUGUUUUAAGGAAGGUACAACAUUGGUCUGGGGUUCAUACUCCAAUGGACCUUUCCUAUGAAAUGUGCUAAUUACAUUCACGCAUGCGUACAAACCCUGUUGGUUGGAAAACACCAUAGAGUUGUGCACUAAGCA